AUGUCUGCUGAUGAACUAGGAUCCCACUCCCUUAUCGAGUCAAAAAAUGUCUCAUCGGACAUGAUGGUUAUUCAAGCUAGCUCUACAACAUCAACUGAAGAGGCAGCUGGUCAGCCAAGUUUCGCCAGCGAUGAACCUUGUAUAGUUCAACUGGAGUCGAACGAAGAGCAUCUUUCUUCAAACGAAGAUCAUCCCAUUGUUAAACUUGAAGACCAGUGUCCCAAAACAGAAAUCAGUCUCAGCACGUCUAACGAUGAAGUCUCGCGUGCUUUACUGCAAAGAAAACAGCCCCUCAUGGAGCUUGUCAGUUCAGAGGAAGGCUAUGUUCGACGUUUGAAGCUAGUGAAGGACUUCUACAUACCUGCAGUUUCUGCUCCUAGUACAGCUCCCUCAGGUGUUGAUAACAAUCCCUCAGGCACAGUAGGUCCAAUAACUCACAGUGAUUCGCAGAACCCACCACCAGUUGCUCCAGAGGAUCUAGCUGCAAGGUGGAGAAUUGUCUGGGGGAACUGGAUUCAAUUGUAUGAAUGGCAUUCAGCAUUUCUUGAGAAGCUUGUCAGUCUUGUGGACAGUGAUCCGGAUCGCAUACCAAAGCUUUUCAUUGAUUCACGUGCUCGCUUAAGAUCUAUAUACUCAAAAUAUUGUGAAAACCAUCGUAAGGCAGCUUUAAUAGCAGAACAAUAUCGGGAUUUCUUCGAGGAGUUGCGCAUAUAUAUUGGUGACAAGGAGGAUGUUGUUUCACACCUAAUGCAACCCGUGCAGCGCAUAAUGCGUUAUCAACUUCCAAUCGCUGAAAUUCUGAAGUACACUCAGCGCGCUUGUUCUCCUGACCUUAUGCUAUGGAAAAAGACUCUUGAGAUCAUGAAAGAGAUUCCUAAGGAUACACAGCUAAUUCUGGAGGCUGCACGAAUAGAUGGGUUUCCUGGUGUAAUUACUGCUUUGGGUAACAUUCUGUUGCGUAGUGAUCUGCUUGUGGCAACAACUACUCGUGAACAGUUGUUAGAGAUGGUCGGUGCUUAUAAGAUGUCCCUCCAGAAUUCGGCUAGUGGUACAGCUCCUGAAACUAGUACUGCACCAAACAAAAUCCCUCCUCACUCUGGACGGUCAGGAGUGAAUUCAAGCAUAUCAUCUUCUAUAGAUACUUCGAAUAUACCAAAUUCAUCAUCUGUCACAGCAAACAAUUUAGCGUUGCAAUCUCCCGUUGAAGCCCAAAGCUCGACUACUUUUGAAGGAAGUGGACUUUUCACAGGGAAUUUUAAGUUUGUAGAAUGUCGUUUAUUUUUAUUCGAACAAAUGUUACUGGUAACAGAGGAAGUCAAGCCAAAACGACGCGUGACCACUAGCGAUGCUUUUGCCCAGUCUACCUAUCAGUUCAAAGCAGCAAUAAAUGUCAAUAAGAUGCGUUACGAAUCUCACUGGUACAACUGUUGUCUUUCAAGUGGUCAUGUGAAUUCAGAUGCAGCCACUGUUGAUCAUCUGCUGUGUGGCGCUUAUUCUCCCGAUGAUCUGCGAUUUGCAAUUUUAGAUCAAACACCUGGAAAAGAUAUUGUCUAUGUAAUUGAUCCUGUUACAUGUUCGAAUAGAGAAGCCUGGGUUGUACAGUUGCGUGAUAUACAGCAUAUGCAACAUGAAUUUUUACUUGCACUUCAAGAUCCAAGAAGAUUUAACACUGGUGCUCGUGAUGAAGGAUGGGCCAAAGAUGCAUUACCGCACGACCCUGUAUCAGCGCUUAACGCCGACCAAUCUGUCCGAACAGAUGCUCAAUUAUCUAUCUCAGCAUCAUCGACGAAUAGCCAAGUGAAUCAACAAAGACAACGGAAGUGGCCAAGCUUCACAAUGAAACGUCCAGUUCGACUCGGGUCGAAUUCAUCUACUGUAAAUACUAAAGAAACGCCAGUUGGUGGUGGUGGUAAGCCUAUUCCACGUCCAAAUAUUGUCACAAAAUCAGAAUCACAGGAUCGGCCGAAUUGUCUUGCUCGCUCCUUGUCUGCUGAACGUCAACCAUCAAAUCGAGAUAAACUUGUUGACGCUAAAUUCACUACCUGUGAUGAACGAACUAAUGAUGAUGGCGUCUGUGAAGCAUCAGUUUAUCGGAAAUCUUCUCAAAGUGCAAACAGCUCUAUAAAGUUGACCAACCAGUCUCUUAUCCCCAAGCUGUCAGAAACAACUGCCUCAUCGAGUGAAAUAAGUCAGCAUUCAAAAGGUGGCUUAUUGAAAAAACGAAAUGCUUUUGUCAAUUUCUUUAGUCGUGGUAAACCAAAACAAAGAAGUAAGCAUCAAAGUCAGCAUCAGUUAACUGUACCAUCAGGUUUACAGUCUGGAUCAGAGGAACAUGAGACUGCUGUUGGCGAUUGUUCCUAUCCAACUGUUGAUGAUCGUAUUUGUGAGACAGACAUGAAUUUAGGCGACAGUGUUGGUGUUGGUGGUGCUAGCAUAUCAACUGAUGCACACGAUGUAAAAUCUCAUCCUGUAGAAUAUACAACAGAAUGA